AUGGAGGAUAAUAUCUAUACACGGAAUCCACGUAAUACCAAUGCUACGAUUUUACUUAUGGGACUUAGGAGAGGUGGGAAACUGUCUAUAUGUAAGGUUGUGUUUCAUAACAUGCAACCAUUAGAUACUCUUUAUCUUGAAUCGACAUCUAAACCUCAAAGUGAACAGUUUUCAAGUUUAAUAGAUUUGAGUGUUAUGGAAUUACCAGGUCAGUUGAAUUAUUUUGAACCCAAUUAUGAUUCUGAAAGAUUAUUUAGUCUGGUUGGUGCAUUAGUCUACGUUAUUGAUAGUCAAGAUGAAUAUUUAAAUGCACUUACAAAUCUAUCUAUGAUUAUUGAAUAUGCUUAUAAAGUGAAUCCAAAGAUCAACAUUGAAGUACUAAUUCAUAAAAUCGAUGGGUUAAGUGAAGAUUAUAGAAUUGAUGCUCAAAGAGAUAUAAUGCAACGAACAGGUGAUGAACUUUUAGACUUAGGAUUAGAAGGGGUACAAGUAAGUUUUUAUUUAACUUCAAUUUUUGAUCAUUCUAUUUAUGAAGCAUUCAGUAGGAUAGUGCAAAAGCUUAUCCCUGAACUUUCAAGUUUGGAAAAUAUGUUGGAUAAUGUGGUUAGUCAUCUGAAUAUUGAUAAGGUAUUUUUGUUUGAUGUUAAUCUGAAAAUUUAUGUGGCCACAGAUUCACUGCCUGUUGAUAUUCAAACAUAUGAAGUUUGUGCUGAAUUUAUUGAUAUGACUAUUGAUUUAGAUGAUUUAUAUUUGGAAAGUGAUAAGCAUCGACAAUUAAAUGGUGAAGCUCAUGUUAAUACUAAUAAUGAUGAUGAAUCCAAUCAAUCUGAAUUGAAAAGUAUAAGUCAUUUAUCCAAUGGAUUUGUGUUGUACUUACGACAAAUGAUUAGAGGAUUGGCACUUGUGGCAUUGAUUAGGAGUGAUGAGGUUGAAUCAAUGGACAAGUCAUUAAGAAUUGUUGAUUAUAACGUUAGUUUAUUUAAAAAGGCAUUAAUGAGGAUGUGGGAGAAUUCUCGCUUGAUUAAAGAUAGUGAACCAUAA